GAAAUUCUGUUAGACUUGUUUUUAUUGAAUUUAUGACUACAAUUAAUUUAAUUUGAAGAUUACAAAUUAUUAAAAUCCAUUCUUUAUAACACAAAACGUUAUUAGCAAUAAGAUAUUGGCUUCAACAGAAAAGGUGAAUUAGUCUUGUAAAGUGAAAAAAUCAAUCAGCAAAGAAGGAAUUUUUGUCGACAUCAUCAAAUGUGUGAAUGCCACCAAAAAAUAGAAGAGUGCAAUUUUGAAACCAUCUCGAAGUAAAGCAUACGUUGCCAGGAUAUUAAUCUAAUAAUAGAUGAAAUAAUCUGAUAAACAGUGACAAUUUAAUUUGUGUGUUAACACGUUAAAAUGGCUUUAAAAAAAGUUAAAGGAAAUUUCGAACGUAUGUUUGACAAGAAUCUCACGGAUCUCGUACGGGGCAUAAGGAAUAAUAAGGAUAACGAGGCGAAAUACAUAGCACAAUGUAUUGAGGAAAUCAAACAAGAACUACGACAGGAUAACAUCAACGUUAAGUGCAAUGCUGUUGCGAAAUUAACAUACAUACAAAUGCUCGGUUAUGACAUCUCAUGGGCCGGUUUUAACAUAAUUGAAGUAAUGAGCUCAUCACGAUUUACAUGCAAACGUAUUGGCUACUUGGCAGCUAGCCAAUGUUUUCAUCCUGAUAGUGAGUUAUUAAUGUUAACAACAAAUAUGAUACGUAAGGAUUUGAAUUCUCAAAAUCAAUACGAUGCUGGUGUGGCUUUAAGCGGUCUAAGUUGUUUUAUUUCGCCCGAUUUAUCUCGGGACCUUGCAAAUGAUAUUAUGACUCUGAUGAGCUCAACAAAACCGUAUUUGCGCAUGAAAGCUGUUCUUAUGAUGUAUAAAGUAUUUUUACGUUAUCCAGAAGCAUUACGACCUGCAUUUCCCAAACUUAAGGAAAAAUUAGAGGACCCUGAUCCAGGUGUACAAUCAGCUGCUGUUAAUGUGAUCUGCGAGUUGGCCCGUAAAAAUCCCAAGAACUAUCUGCCUUUAGCACCAGUUUUUUUUAAACUUAUGACGACUUCCACCAACAACUGGAUGUUAAUUAAAAUAAUUAAAUUGUUUGCCAGCCUUACGACAAUCGAGCCAGCGUUAGGACGCAAAUUAACGCAACCCCUGAUUGAAAUUAUUUCCAGUACGUCCGCCAUGAGCUUGCUUUACGAGUGCAUAAACACAGUGAUUGCAGUACUCAUCAGUAUUAGCAGUGGAAUGCCGAAUCAUAGUGCCUCAAUACAGCUUUGCGUGCAGAAACUGCGCAUUCUCAUAGAGGAUUCCGAUCAGAAUUUGAAAUACCUGGGAUUGUUGGCCAUGUCCAAGAUUUUGAAAACCCACCCGAAAAGCGUGCAAGAGCAUAAGGAUUUAAUUUUGGCGUGCCUAGAUGAUAAGGACGAAUCGAUACGACUUCGUGCUCUAGAUUUACUUUACGGAAUGGUGUCAAAAAAGAAUCUUAUGGAAAUUGUCAAACGUUUAUUAGGUCACAUGGAGCGUGCCGAAGGAUCGCUGUAUCGUGAUGAAUUGCUGUUCAAAGUAAUUGAGAUUUGCUCACAGAGUUCUUAUUUGUACGUUACGAAUUUCGAAUGGUACUUAACUGUGCUAGUUGAGUUAAUUCAACUGGAAGCUGGUUCUAAACACGGGCGUUUAAUUGCCGAGCAACUCCUAGACGUUGCUAUACGGGUACCAGUUGUACGUCAAUUUGCAGUGAAUGAAAUGACCAACUUGUUGGACACAUUCUCCAUAUCAUCGCAGAGCAAUUCAAUGUAUGAAGUGCUAUACGCCGCAGCUUGGAUCGUGGGAGAGUUCUCAAAUGAUUUAGAAGAUGCUGAAAGGACUCUAAAUAUUUUAUUGCGCCCACGCCAAGUACCCGGCCAUAUACAAGGUGUGUUUGUACAAAAUGUUACUAAAUUAUUUACAAAAUUAGCAACUACUUGUCUGGAAAAUAAAGAUGUUAGCGGCUUGAUUCGACUUUGUGAUCAUGCCCUGGAGAAGCUUCAAAGUUUUAGUAGUUCGAAUGAUAUUGAAGUGCAGGAGCGUGCAAAUGCCUCGUGUAUUCUAAUUGAAAUGCUGCGUUCCCAAUUCAGUAAGGACAGCAGUCAUCAUAAAAGGGCCACAAUGGUCGCACUCUCUACCGACGACGUUGAAAAUUUGCCUGAGCUUGACACAUCCACAAUACCUGCUAUUAUACCGACUCUAGCAAUUGAAAUUGUUCAAGAGAUGGCUUUAUUAUUUGAUGGCGAACUUAUACCAGUGGCUCCAAAAGCACAACGCAAAGUUCCACUUCCUGACGGUCUCGAUCUAGAUGAGUGGAUAAAUGUGCCGCCUGAAGAUGAAAGUAGCAAUUCGUCCCAAGAGGAUAAAGAUGAACUGUUUGUGUCAGCUGUUCAUAAUGACAGUGGGGCAUUGGGCAAGCGACGCAAGAGUGAAGAGCUGACUCCCGAGCAAAUCGAACGAAAUCGCAUGGCUCGUCUAAUAGAACAAUCUCACAACCCACACUAUAUUAAAUCUUCGCCCUCAGCAACAGAUAUGAAUAAACAGAAAGGUCCAAGUGCAAAUAACUCCAGUUAUAAUGUUGAUCAAUAUGACAAUAUUGAUGAAAUACCGAUUUCGGAACUGUCCUUGGAUGUACCACUUCAAAUAGGUGUUAUGAAACGUUCUGAUCGCUAUCUAAUACAAGAGAAAACAAUGAGCAAGGAGAAGAAAAAACAUAAAAAGUCAAAGAAAAGCAAAAGAUCAAAAAACAAAGUGGCAUACAGCAGCUCCGAAUCGGAGGAUGACUCGAAACCACUUCAUAUAGUAAACACGAUCAUGGAUAUGCCUGAAGGUGUAGCUCUAUCGGACAGUGAAGAUAAAGAUUGCAAGUUUGAUCCGAAUGAUCCCCACCGAGCUCUGAAUAUUGAAUUGGACAUCCCUGACUUGGAGGAGCCUAAAGGCCGAUUCCACGAAGUGAAGCCCGCGCCUCAAAAUCAAAACAAUAAUUCUCAAAUAUUAAUAAAUGAAAUUGAUCCAAAAGAUAAAACCAAGAAACGAGACAAGAAGAAGUCCAAAAGCAAAGAGAACGAUGUAGAACACCACAAUAAAGACGAAGAUAGUGUCCCCAAAACGCAUGUCAAACCCAAAUCAAAGAAGAAAUCGAGAAGUAAUGCAAAAGCAACCCAUACUGAUUUGUUAGGUAUUUCCCCAGAGAGGAUAAAGAGCUUUGCAAAAACGGCGUUGGACGACAGCAUCAGCACUGUGGAAAAACGCAAGAAGGAGAAAUCACAUAAAUCAAAAGAUAUAAGUAAGGGAACCGUCAGCGUAAAGAAGGAGAAAAAGGCUAAACAUCAUCGUAGCCACAGUAAGGAGAAAAAACACAGUAUUCUCGAAUCGUCGAUAGGAGGUUACGAAGAAGCUAUAGGCAUUUCAACUCCAAGUAAGGAAAUCAUUUAACUUGCGACUCAACACACUCAUAUAAUAUUGUAUAACCGUCCCUUGCUAUAUUUUCGAUCAAGUUGCAAUAGCCAAUAAUUACACUAAAGUAUAGGAUAACUAAGCAAAGUCAUUAAAAAAUUUGCAUAGGGUUGAAGCUGAUACAUAUACAUGUACAAAAUAUGUGAAGAGGACGUGCAAUGCAAAAUGUAAAUGUAAUAUGACUUUUUAUAUAUGUACCCCAUUACGAAGGUGAAUUGCAACAUUCCCAAACUUUCAGACAAGUGAAUAAAAUGUGUUCAAGCGUUCAAAACAUGACUUAGAAGAAAGUUGUGAUCAAAUCCUUUAAACUUAUACUUACACAUGUCUAUUAAAGAUUGUUGAAAUUGUUUCGAAACAAAAGAGGUCCUUUCCUCACGCAUACAUAUAUAAAAGCACAUCUACUUUCAUAUACAAACAGCUUUUCUAGCUUUAAAGACUUUAAAAAUACAUAACGGUCAAAAUAUUUUAUAUCAACUUAUAGAUAUUAUAAGCUUAUGAAUGCUGUAGAGUAGCGAGUUAUGAAUUCUAUAAAGCAUAUUCCUUUAACAAUGCAUCUACAAUCGUAUAUCCUAUUAGACUAACGGAGGAAACGUACAACAGUACUCGUUCCCUAGUUAAGAUAUGAACUGUAAUAAAAUAUGAUUAUAUUGUAUAAUACAUAGUAAGUUUGUAAAGUGAGAACAUAAUGAACAAAUAAACGUAUAUAAUAAUCAAUAUUAUUUA